AUGGGCUCACUGUGGCUUUUGAAGCUCAUUUUAUCUUCGUGUGCCGUGAUGUGCUUAGCUUUCAAACCAAAUAAAAUUGAGAUUCGUCUUGUCAGUGGGACCAAGCACUCUGGGCGCGUUGAAGUGCGUUAUAAACCAUCUGACCCGUGGGGCACCAUCUGUGAUCGCUUCUGGAGGGAUACAGGUGCCACGGUCGCCUGCCGCAUGCUGGGAUUCAAGUUUGGAAAGUCUUACCGAAGCGCCUAUUUCGGCCAGGGUAAAGGGCCGAUAUACAUGAAUUACGUCAGAUGCAAGGGUAGCGAGACGUCACUAACCCAGUGUCACUACAGCGGCUGGAAGAUUCACUCGUGCACUCACCGCGAGGACGCAGGCGUAGCCUGUUUCAGCACUUCCGUUGCCAUUAUCGGGAGCUUACAAGACUCGAGUCAGUCUGGAGCGGUGGUCAUCAGGGACGCUGCUGGGUGGAAGCCUGUCUGUGACGUCAGCUGGGACGACAGCGAGGCUGCUGUCGUCUGCCGGGAACUGGGUUACAGAAGCGGAAAGUCGGCGUGUUGCUCCAGGCUCAGCCGCAUCACCUAUAACCCGUACAUGUACCCGCGAGUAGCCUACAGCAAGUUCCAGUGCCAGGGGACGGAGAAGACACUGCUGGGCUGUAAACACGCGGUGAUCAGACAGUGCGAGAAUAGACACCUGGCGUCAGUGGCGUGCUACACACAGCCUAUCAAAGACGUAGAUAUGGAAUUUCAGACUCGCCUCUCAAAUGGAAGCACCAACUGGGGAACAAUAGAGAUCAAAUACCAGGGGAUUUGGGGUCGAAUCUGUUCACCCGACUGGACUAAGCACAUGUCCACCCUUGUAUGUAUAUCGCAUGGAUUUCGAUAUGGGAUGAACUUCGGGCGCUCGUCAGAAAUCGGUGAUUUGCCGAUCUGGGUGAGCAUAGUGAAUGGCACCUGUCCUGACAACACGACCUCGCUUAAAGACUGCGUGACGUCAUCAUGGGGAGAGCCAGUCAAAAAAUGUUAUCCCAAUCGCGUCUUGUGCUUCAACAACAAAACAGCUGCCCCAACUUUGAGACUGAUUGGUCCAAUGCCAAACGUUGGUCGAGUGGAGAUGACAUUUGAUGGCGAGACGGGAACCAUUUGCGACACCUACUGGACAAACGUGGACGCGAGGGUCAUCUGCCGACAGCUAGGCUACAUGGAUGGAACCGCCCUGACCGGCUCGUACUACGGCAAAGGGAGGGGACCAGUGUUCAUGGACAGAGUAUGGUGUAAGGGUGACGAGAAGGAUGUCUGGCAAUGUAGAACUAGGGGGUGGAAGGUGUCCGCAAGGUCUUGUGGAGAUCACACGAAGGACGCUUCAGUGGUAUGUGUAGGCACGGUUAAACUUGUUAAGGGAGACCACUCGCAUGGCAUCGUGCAGGUGAUCUACAAACGAGGCAGGUAUCUUUAUUGGCUCUCGCUGUGUGGAAAGAACUUUACCAACACCGAGGCAAGUGUCGUCUGCCGGCAGUUGGGCUUCCGUUCCGGCACGAGCCUGCCUUCUGGGUCCUACGGACGAAUGUACCAGUAUUUUGCGGCAAGAUCCUUCAGGUGUCGGGGUAACGAGACGUCUAUCCAGACAUGCGCACAACAUGCAACCACGUGCUCAACGCGCUAUACGUAUGGGAAUGGUUACAGCGCUGUGGCUUGCAACAACGGGAGUGUCAGCAAUGAAACGUCAAUCCGACUAGUGGGAGGAGCUGCAGAAUACGACAUAGUCAGUGGGCGUGUCCAGAUGGUAAAGAAUGGCGUAAAAGGGCGUAUUUGCAUGAGACACUGGGAUGACCGAGAUGCUAAUGUGACCUGUCGACAGUUGGGACAUGGAGGGGGCGUGGCCUAUCGGUUUCCCAGUCCAAACAUUGGUCCUUAUCUCAUGUCACAAGUACAGUGUUCUGGGUUCGAAAUUUCCCUGUCCAAAUGCAAAACCGGAAGCAAGGUGUGCAAUAUCGCCGGAGAAGCAGGAGUGUUGUGUUACAAGAAAGCAGGUACGAGUGUACGUCUAAAGCUGGUGGGCGGAACCCGUACGUCUGGCCGGGUGGAAGUGGAGUAUGGCGGAACUCGAGGGACCAUCUGUAUGGACAAACAGACUCGAUGGACGGGAUCACGAAAUGCACGAGUCGUCUGCAGACAUCUUGGAUUUAAAGACGGGUCCAUCACGAAGUGUGUAAAACCCUUUUUACAGUUGUAUCUGUACCAAUGGAUCCUGGUCUGUCAGGACCCCUUUACAAUAAUGCACGUAUGUUGGUUUUCUUGUAGAGGCGAAAUGAAGUCGGUCAAAGUCAGCCCAGUGUUUAUGUCGCACCUCCAGUGCUAUGGCGUUGAGACGUCUGUGUUUCAGUGUCGAAACUCUGGCUGGGGAUACCCCGUGUCAGCUGGCUGUCGAUCUCAUGACCAUGACCUCAGGGUGCAAUGCUACCGCAAUGGUAAAACACUUCGUUCUUUAGCUGUAAAAGGGCAUCUCAUCCAUGUCUUAAAGGUACGGCUCACCGGUGGAGAGUCAAGUUUGAAUCGUGUUUCCGGAGUCGUUUGGUUUCUGGACCACGGCAUAUGGCAGCCCAUCUGUACUUCCGGUUUCGACCAAAGAGCAGCAAAGGUUGUGUGUCAAGAACUUCACUUAGCGCACGCAGUUUCUCCGCCGCUGGGAACGUUCAAAGUGGACAUGAAACACCAAUAUAUGCGGCUUCUUUACAUCAAAGGCAAAUUCGUCAACAACAUUAAAUGUACAGGGCUCGAAAAAUCACUCGCAGCCUGCUCUUACAAAAUAGGAAGAUGCAAAAAGAUGUACAACACCUUUGCAUUUGUCAUCUGUACAAGCAGUAAACUUUCGGACGACAUACAGCUGACGUUAGACAAGAUAUUUCCGUCGCCAGUGACUAUUAAACAAUACGGAUUCAACGCGUCUGUCUGUGACAUCGGGUGGAGCGACAGAAACGCGCGUGUCACGUGCAAACAGAGUGGAUACGUAGGCGGUAUCACAUUCAAACUCGCCCACGACGUCAGCACGUGGUCCGGAAGGUUCUUGGGAUUUGGUUGUUAUGGCAACGAGACGGACCUGAAUUUAUGUCAAAAAUAUAUGGUCACUCGCGUAGUUUUCUUUAUUUAUAGUAAAAUACAAUAUUAUAAAUUUGCAGACUCCAGACCAAAGAUUCGUCUAGUGAAUUCUAACUCUACUGCCACCGUGUCUUCUGGGCGUGUGGAGAUCUAUCUCAAUGGAAAGUGGGGGACCAUCUGUGAUCCCUACUGGACUAAAUACGAUGCCAUGGUUGUAUGCAGACAGCUUGGAUUUAUGUUCGGGGUGCCCGCCAAAGGAUUUGGGUUUGGUGCUGGCCCGAGCUGGUUGUUUGGAGUAACAUGUUCUGGUAGAGAAGAUUCAGUCUGGAGGUGCCCGUAUAGAGGAUUCCACGUCAACAACACGGUGUGUGAUGCUCACAAGUUCGAUGUAGCAGUGCAGUGUAAUGAUGUUCGUCUAUGGCCGAGAUCAAACAUUGGCGCGGUGGAAGUGUAUGAUGGUAGAAGUAGUUAUGGAAUGAUUUGUUCAGACAAUUUCACUGCCGUUGACGCCGCAGUCAUCUGCCGCGAGCGAGGGUACAGGCACGGCGUCCAUCUGUGUUGUUCCGCGUUUGGGCCACAGCCAAACAGCAUCACCAUCACGAGACUUCGGUGUACUGGAAGGGAGCUAACUCUAAGAGACUGUCCGAUGGAGAAAAGUCUAACAUAUUGUCCCAGCAUGCUUUACGCUUCGGUCGUGUGUUCCUUCUCCAGUCCUAAAUCAGGUUACAGACUGAUCCUGACCCGCAAGUAUUACGGACGUGUCCGCGUGUACCACAUGGGAGCGUACGGCGACGUGUGUCCGGACAACUUCGACGACAGAGACGCGUCUGUAGUCUGCCGAGAAAUGGGCUACAAAUUCGGCUUUUCCUUCAAUCAGUACAAACCGCACCGAGGUCAGAGGUCAGCGUAUUUCUACUGGCUGGGCCAGCUGGGCUGUAACGGAACCGAGUCGGCCAUCGCCCAGUGCCGUGGCAUGAAGACGUUCGGGUUCGGACAUGGAAAUUAUUGCAGCGGGAACGGAUUCGCCGCCGUAUAUUGCUACAACAAAGCAGGUGAUGGCAUCAAGUUUCGACUCGCUAACAGAACGGGCAAUUCCGGAAGAGUUGAGGUGUACGUUAACAGGCAAUGGGGGACCGUAUGUGGUGACGCCACCUUCACCGACAGUGACGCCUUGGUAGCGUGUCGUCAGCUCGGCUACAUGGGCGGAAUAUCGAGAGGAGGGGGCGCUUUUGGCAGAGGUUCCGGACCUGUACUUGUAUUCUACAUGGGCUGUACGGGCAACGAAAGUAGCAUGAUGCAGUGUCCUAUGUAUUUCAUGCCAGGUUACCGCCCUACCUACACGUGUAAAAGCCACAUGUUAGAUGCAGCUGUAACAUGUUUCGAUACAGAUACUGAUCGUACUGGGUAUUAUCAUUCUGUUCAAUGUUUUCUUUACACAGUUCGUCUCGUCGAAGGGGGGUUGAAGAACUAUGGGCGGGUCGAAAUGGCUGUCAACAAAACCUGGCUUCCUGUUUGUGACCAACACUUUGAUGACGUAAUGGCUAGUGUCGUGUGUAAACACUUGGGAUAUACCGAUGGAAUAGCGCAAUGCUGUUCCGCGGUUGGUGACGUCAUCGAUUCUGAUCACGUGUCAAUUAAUUCCUGCUCUGUUGGACUCGAGGAUUUGACUAAAUGUAGCUAUACGGUUGGUAUGUGCCCUACUGGGCGUUACGCGUCGGCAUACUGCGCCCGUGAGAAGAUCAGCGUCAAGAAUCUGAAUGCCAAUAUACAAGUCCGAAUUAAUCAAGAUAGUCGUAAAUCGGCGACGUACUUGGGUCCUCUAGAAAUAAAAUGGCUGCCAUCUUGGAGCCUUGUCUGUCCUGACUUUUGGAAUGCUAGAUCCGCAGACGUUGCUUGUCGUCACAUGUCAUGGAAAGGAGGCGUGGCUACAGUUGUCGUGACCAAUACCAGUAGACCUGUACUAUUAGCAGCUGUCAUCUGCACAGGGGAUGAGCUUGGUUUGGCGAACUGUUCUGUGAAACAGUUUUCUGCGGGACAGAGCUGCUCGAGAAGAUUUGAUGAACCUCGACCGUGUGCUGCAGUGAUCUGCUACGAGGAAGGUAUUGCUGUGCAGUUGUCUGAUGGAAGUGCCAGUCACGGGCGUGUAUCCAUUAACUACGACGGAGAGGUGGGUCACGUGUGCAGCACAGGUUUUGAUGACGUCGCCGCUGGUGUUGUGUGCAGACAGUUAGGUUUUAAAGAUGGCGUUUCCAGCGUGACUGCGUAUUCAGGGGGAAAUUCUGGUCGCGUGUGGAUAAGUAACGUCACGUGUUCUGGUUCUGAAGAGUCCAUUUUCGGUUGUAGGGUACUGUGGAAUCCAAACAGCCCCAUCACCUGCGUUGCUGCUGGUGUGAUAUGUUUUAAUUCAGCUCGCUUAGUCCAUGGUAACAACAUUAACUACGGCUUGUUGAAGGUUACAUUCGGCGCGACUCUGGGAGCUGUCUGUGAUACAUAUUGGGAUGACAAAGAUACAAGUGUGGCGUGUCGCGAGCUGGGUUACCAGUACGGGAAGUCACUGUGCUGUGGCGCGAUGGGUGACGGGAUACCUCCUGUGAUGGACAGCGUCAAAUGUAGUGGAUCUGAAGCUCACGUGACCGACUGUCUGCACGAGAUACCUAUGACCACGACCUGCAUGGGACACAACGUGGCUGUCGUCUGCUACAGACAGGCUCCCACAACAGUGUUGUCAUGGAGACUUGGGGGCGGUAACCUCUACACAGGGGAGGUACUGGUGGACUUUCUAAACGUCACGGGUCGGGUGUGUCCGGACGGCUGGGACCAAAACGACGCACAUGUUGCAUGCCGGGAACUGGGGUUCGCCAAGGGAUCUCCGUACAGUCACUACGUAUCCCAAAAGUAUGCGACGGACCACGGACCGUACUGGACGUCACGGAUUAGAUGUUCGGGGAACGAGAAAACUCUGGCAGAUUGCCCCAUGACUGCACUAGGUGCCGUUCAGGCUUGUUCCAGUCAAUUCUCCGCUGGUCUGCAGUGCUUCGAUACAACCGGUUUCUUCUACCGUCUGAAAGAUGGCAGCUCCAGUAAAAGAGGAAGAGUCGAGGUAUCGGUUGACGGCUCGUGGGGAACUGUGUGUGGCCAGGAUUUUGACGAUGCCGAGGCUUCAGUUUUCUGUAAAACUUUGGGCUUCGUAGGUGGCGCUGUAGACUACGAUACCCUACUUCCGGCUGUGGGUGGCGCCAUCUACGAAGCGGACUUCCGUUGUUCUGGAGAAGAAGCACUGUUAGCCGACUGUCCACAUCGGGGCUGGCGGCGUGCGUUCUCUGAAGGCUGCGUUAACCACACCAAUGACGUCGUGGUUAACUGUUUCAACAUGGUUCGAGCAACUGGCACGUCAGCACCCAAAGAGGGCCCCCUGCAGUUAUACCACAAUUCUUCUUGGAACAUCGUCUGCGAUACUGACUUUGACGACGUAACAGCUAGUGUCGUCUGCCGUGAGAUGGGUUACAUUGGCGGAAGGAGUAUCUGCUGCUCCGCAUAUGGGCACAAACAUGGCGGACAGAACGCAGACGACAGUAGCCUAAACUGGUACUCGCUCAUUUGUGACGGAAAUGAGAACAGUCCACUUGAGUGCGAAAUCCAGCCCGGGUGCCGGUCGAAACUAUACACUUCCGUGCUUUGUAAUGACAAAGACGAUUUUUAUGACAAAAGUUACAGAUUCCACUUCGCAUCCGACUCUGCUACCUCGGGACCGAUAAUAGUCGACCAUUAUGGAACAUACGGGUAUAUCUGUGACGUGGCAUGGCAAGACGUUGACGCACAAGUUUUCUGCAAUUCUCGCGGUUUCUCGGAUGGUAUAGCCUGGCAUUUGAUUUCCUCCCAGUAUGGCAGCAGCACCGACGAGACAGAUCUGCCGUACCUGGCAAGUGAAGUCAGUUGUAAAGGAAAGGAGCGCUCUCUACAACAGUGUCUGUUUCAUGGACGGAACAGAAUGGGGAAUUGCACUUCCGGCAGUAUCGCUGCAGCCAUCUGCUGGAACAAAACUAAAGGAAUAUCAUAUCGCCUGUCCGGAGGUGGAAAAGCCGAUGGUAGAGUUGAAAUUUCUGUCGGUGGUGUGUGGGGUUCGGUCUGCGAUCUCUUCUGGGACGACAGGGAAGCAGGCGUGGUGUGCAGACAGCUUGGUUUUACAGACGGCUAUGCCAUUGACAAAUCUCCGUACGGACGCGGCUCCGGGCCAAUAUGGCUGAGUCACCUCGAGUGUCUGGGAUCGGAGUCCAGUCUACACCAGUGUCCACAUUCCGGCUUCAAGGAGGAGCUCUCUAGCGCGGGAUCUGCAUCUAGAUGUAGUACCCAUGAUGAUGACGUGCAGUGUAUUGUAUUAAUGCGCUGCGACUCAGGCUCAGGUUUUAAAUCAUCACAGGGUGCCGUGCAAGUCUACAAGAACAAACGCUGGUUGACCGUUUGCGAACAUACCUUCGACAGAGAUGAUGCAAAAAUGGUUUGCUUGUCAUUGGGAUUCCCGUACGGCAUCAACGUGGCCGGGUCGAAGUUCGGUCACGUGGUCGAACCUAUUGGCAUCACCCACGUGCACUGUACUGGUGGCGAGACUGACUUUACGCAGUGUUCCAUGACCGAGACAGACGACUGUACAACCGGAAGUUAUGCUUCAGUGGUGUGUGAUCACCAGCCAAUCAUCGAUUCAGGUCUAGAAAUACGGAUUGUGCCUGACAGUUCAGACUCUGACUUUCGCGGUUUCCUGGAAGUAAAGCGACGUGGUGUCUGGGGUGACGUCUGUUUGACGGGUCUCAACAAUGCAGCGGCUCAGCUGGCGUGCACAGACCUCGGCUACACGUGGGGUGUCACGUACGCACCCAGCAGUCAUGAUCGUGUGAGGUCAAGGUCACGGAAAAUGAUACAGGCAGCCCGUGUAGUUUGUGAUGGAAGAGCUAGAUCACUGAAGGACUGUGACUUCAGAAGGUCGCCAAGUAGUUCGUGUGACUUUGAAUCCCAGAGAGCAGGAAUAUUGUGCUCUCGUAGCGAAACAAUUUUCCGCUUGUCUGGUCAUUUGGACUCAACACAAGGCCGGAUUGACAUGAGAGUGGAAGGACAGUGGGGGAUGUUCUGCAGCUCAAUGUUAAAUCCGACCGCAGCAGCUAAGGUGGCUUGCAAGAGCAUAGGGUACCCUGACGGCUUGCCCAUCUCAGGUCUGCGUUUUGCCCAGUCCAACACGCCCCUUCAUGUGUGGCUCCAUCACAUGGAGUGUUCAGGAAAGGAGAACUCCUUGCUAGAAUGUUCGUCAGAUGGAUUUAACAGAACCAAUAAAAACAGACUGGCAGAUCAGUUCCAUGUGCCACUGGCAGUCAGAUGUUACAGUUCAGUUCUUGCCAUUACGGACACCCGUCUGGUUAAUGACGUUGAUAGUGACCUCAGUUCAGGAAGACUGGAGGUGUAUGUGAGCGGACCUAACACGUGGGGCACGGUGUGUGGACCUCUGUGGACGGACGCAGACGCCGCUGUCGUCUGCCGUCAGAUGGGCUAUCAGACAGGACUGGAAGCAGACGGCGGGCGCUUUGGAUCUGGAACUGGACGCAUCUGGAUGUCCGACGUUGGGUGCACUGGGGCAGAGCGACGUAUUCAGAACUGCGUCUACAGUGGGUUUUACGUCGAUGGCUGUACGCAUGCUCAAGAUGUGGGAGUCUUUUGUAAAGGAAGUGCGGCAUCAGGUCUUGCAACUGACACGAAUUCACACAAACAUUUUGAAGCACAGAACGUAAAAUCGUCUCCAGAUCACGUGAUCCCGCCCUCGGCAAUUGCCGUCCCCGUGGUGCUGAUUGUUCUCACGGCACUCGGCGUCGUGGCGGGGACAGUCUGGUACCGCAGACAAUCGAAAUCCAUUGUUAUUCAAACAAUGCUGCAACUGACGUUCAAUGAUACUCAUACUGGACGCUACCUUGAGGAACACCCAUCUCUUGGGAGAAUCAGAUAA